CGCAGAGUGUUGCGGCGACCUUUGGGUUGUACACUUUAUUUUGUUGUUAUAUAAUUAUCUCUCCAUAAUCGGCGAGAAUUUGAGUGAUGCCAUAACGUAUUAAUACAUUCCUUCCUAAAUAUUUCAAUGUAUGGCGCGGAAUGCGACUGAGUCGCUUUGCCGGCGCAAUCCAAAGCUCGACACCUUCUUGAAGCGAAAGCUCUCCGCUAAUGUUUAUGACAGGAUCAGAGCUUACGAGGAAUGUAUCAUCAGUUCGGAAAAGGAAAAAAGGGCAUUUAAGCAUGUUGUACUGAGCGAUGAACGCAUAUACCUGACAGAGAAUCCUCCGAAGAAUAUCACGGAGGACGAUUCGGUGCCUCUGGAGGAAAUCACUUCAGUUGAAAUGGUCCAUGAUUACCCUGAUUUCUUGGUGGGUGAGGAGCGUGACAACACACAACACAUCAGUGUGGUCUAUACUACUGCAAUAUCAUCAAAAUUGAAGAAAAAGGAGAAAAACAAUAAAAAGAAAGAACCGUCUGAACUGAAAAAUGACAACACUAGUACAAUGGGAACACCCAGACCUACCACCCCCCCGUCUGCACGUUCCAAUGAUUGGAGAAGCACCCUCACUAACUCCACACCAUUGAGUAGGAAAACAGGUAACAAGCUGAGGUACAGUUUGAAUGAGACUGAACUCCAUAAACUCGCGUCAAGUUCUGAGAGUACUGAUGAAGACAGACUAUCAUUAUCUCUGCCAACAUCAGAUUUCAAGAAACUUUCCCAAAAUGGUGAUUAUUACAGUGAUGAUGAUUAUGACGAUGAUGAUAUCAGAGAGCAAAUAGAGGAGUAUCAGCGUUUUUCUGAAGAUCUGACAACCCAAAUGCUUCCAUGUCGGCCUUUACCAGUCCGACCCGAAGAUAACCCUGACGAAUAUCCAUCAAUAGACACAGCACGGUCAUAUUCCAGUUCACUAGCGACAACUCUUCGUAAUCCCCAAGAAAGCUCAGAGGCACUAGAAGCUAAGCCCCUGUAUAGAAACCUACCCCACCCAGGGGGGAAUGAGUAUAACCCGCUUGAUCGAAGGAAAGCCGAACCAUUCAAACUAAGUCUGACUGAGACGGGGGAGCUCACUACGCCACGUAGUUUGCGACAAGAGGUCAUCUUGGAUAAAGGAAAGCAGGGUAAAAAGAAAAAAAAAAAAACUGAGAAGAAAAACCAAAAGGCAAAGCAGACAACGACGAUGCAGCUGACGUUAACAAACGGUGAUGAUAGCACCAGUGGUGAGGAUAGAGUGACGUCAGAGCAGGUGAUUUAUGGAAGUAAUCAUACCAAGACGGCUGAAAUACAUAUCUAUAUUCUUAGUCUAUCAUCACCUUUUAUGAUGCAGCUACAAUGCGCGUGGAAUAACUAUAUAAUUCGUGCAACACUUUCUCUAAAGAAAAACUCUAAUGAUAAUUUUGGAGCAAAAAACAACAAAAAACUAUCAAGGUAAAGUAUAGUUAAAAUUAUAGCGUUUUUGUAACUGCAUUUUUUGCAUGCAUUUUACCCUAAAUUAAGUAUGUGACCU